AUGGGUCAUCUAGUAGAAACAAUCAGGACUCCCCCUAUACCUGCUCUGCUUGCUGGACGUGGCAUCACGGUUAUCAUUGGUCCUUGCUCAGGCUCAACAGACCCACCUAUUAAAUCAAUGACGGGGACGGGGACUCACAAUCCCGACAAGAGACUCGGAAUUGCCCAUCGAUUGAUUUUCUCUCCUUAUAUCGAACAACUGACGACUUUGGCAUCCAAAGAAAAGUGGAUGGAAUACAUGGAGCAUGUUUGGGCUUGUAUUUGCUGUCACGCUUGCUUAUGGACCUUCGGAACUGAACAUGGGGACGUAUCCCCCAGAAAUUUACUUUACGACUCGGAAAAUCGACAGGGAAAGCUCAUUGAUCAUGACUCCCGAGCCCAUCAUUCCCCAGCUUCCUCUCCGGGCCGGGCCACAACGUCGAAUGCUCUCACUGGAACACUUGAUUUUAUGGCUAAAGCACUACUCACCGAUUGGGGGGAAGCGGCCCUAGGAGUCCGACGGGUCUACCGCCACGACCUCGAAUCAUUUGCCUCGGUAUUGCUUUGGACCCUCGUUCGCUACGGAAAAGGGGACAUCAGCAUAAGAAUAGAGAGACGAUAUCUUGAUGGUUGGGUCGUGGUGGCUUACCCCACGACCUUUCGAGGCGCGCACGUGCGCCUAAAACCAGAAGAUCUUUCUACUAGCAAUUUACCCGAUGAGUUCUAUCAGGCUGUGUAUGACUUUGGUACGAUGAUGGAAGACGCUGAGUCACGGUGGUUGGAAUUGAAGGAUACGAUUGGGCCAAAGCCUCGGACUCGUCUCAAUGAGCCGAAGAAGAAGUCGGAAAUGGUGAUGCUUGGGUCUAUUGAAUUUGUGAGGAAACUUGCCACGGACGAGCGCGCGCAUGUUCUGCGGGAGAAGUUUGGUGGGAGAGGGCAUGUCCAACGUAUCAUCCAGUGUCUUGAUCAGUUGCAGGAUACUGGUCCAGUAACUCGGUAA